AAAGUACCUGUGUGAGUGAAAAGGCCGUGCAAACCGCGUACCAUCUUUUUCCAUAUUUUUGCCUGAUAUCUGCUUGAAAUAUCCUCCGUUAAAGUUCAAAAUGUACGGAAAUCGCCCGCAAACUGGCAAUAGUGGAUUCCACCGUGGCGGUGGUAUGGCCGGAGGUCGUCCAGGAGGUGGCCAGAUGGGAGGCGGUUUCCGCCGUGACGGAGGCGCCGGAGGUUACGGUGGCGGCAACGGGCCAUCGUUUGACCGGCAAUCGCAGAAUGGCAAAAAUCUUCGCACCCUGAAGUGGGAGCCGGAAGAUUUGACGCCCUUUGAGAAGAACUUUUACCAGCCGUCGGCCGCCCUGGUGGGCAUGUCCGAGGGGGAAAUUGCGGGCUACUUGAACAAGCAUCAGAUCACCCUGAAGGGCCGCGAAGUGCCGCGACCGAGCAUGGACUUUGAGGAUGGUGGUUUGCCGAGCUACAUCAUGGAGGAGCUGAAGCGACAGGGCUUCAGCAAACCGACGGCCAUUCAGGCACAGGGAAUGCCGAUUGCACUGAGCGGCCGCGAUAUGGUCGGAAUUGCACAGACCGGGUCGGGCAAAACGCUGGCCUACGUCGUGCCGUCCCUGGUGCACAUUCAGCACCAGACCAGCAUCCGUCGUGGCGAUGGACCGAUCGCACUGAUCCUGGCACCCACCCGCGAACUGGCGCAACAGAUUCAGCAGGUGGCGACCGAUUUCGGAUCGCGCGUCAGUGCCAACAAUACGUGCGUUUUUGGCGGAGCCCCCAAAGGCCCGCAGAUACGCGAUCUCGAGCGCGGCGCUGAGAUCGUCAUUGCAACCCCCGGCCGGUUGAUCGAUUUUCUCGAGCGCGGAAUCACGAACUUGCGGCGCUGCACCUACUUGGUGCUGGACGAGGCCGAUCGUAUGCUGGACAUGGGCUUCGAGCCCCAGAUCCGCAAGAUCAUGGGACAAAUCCGGCCCGAUCGGCAGGUACUGAUGUGGUCCGCAACGUGGCCGAAGGAGGUGCGAAAUUUGGCCGAAGAAUUUUUGGCCGAUUACGUUCAGAUUAACAUCGGUUCGUUGAACCUGUCGGCGAACCACAACAUCCUGCAGAUCGUGGAUGUAUGCGAGGACUACGAGAAAGAUCAGAAGCUGAUGAAGCUUUUGACGGAGAUUUCCGCCGAACCGGACACGAAGACGAUCAUUUUCGUCGAGACGAAGCGCCGUGUGGAUGACAUUACGCGCAUCGUAAACCGCAAUGGAUGGCGCGCCGUGGCCAUCCAUGGUGACAAGUCGCAACAGGAGCGUGACUACGUGCUCAGUGCAUUCCGUAACGGGCGCCAGGGCAUCCUGGUGGCCACGGAUGUGGCGGCUCGUGGCUUGGAUGUGGAAGACGUAAAGUUCGUGAUCAAUUACGACUAUCCGUCCAAUUCGGAAGAUUACGUGCACCGGAUUGGUAGAACGGGACGCUCGAACAACACCGGCACCGCCUACACACUGUUCACCAACUCGAACGCCAACAAAGCCAACGAUCUGAUCAACGUGCUGCGCGAAGCGAAUCAGGUCAUCAAUCCCCGGUUGGUUGAGCUUGCCAAACCAAACAUGGGCAAGGGUCGUCAACGGUACAGUAACCAUCGUUUCGGCGGACAGCAGAACCGUCCUCCGCGGGAUGGCAUGUUCGGUGGUAGCGGUGGUGCUGGUGCUCGGUUCGGCGGACAGCGCGAUGGUGGUGGUGCCCCGAAGUUCGGUGGUGUUGGUGGCGCUGACAAAUACGGUGCCCCCCGCGAUGGCCGGGCUAUGCAGGCCGCCUCCGCCGCCAUGUACGGUGUCGGAAUGGCCAGUCUCUCGCAAUCGCUCGGUCUCAGUGGUAGUGCUGGCGGUCUGAAGCAGGUGGCCGUUGGUGGGCUAGGUGCAGUGUCCGCCGGGCAACGGCAGAGUCGAUUCUCCGCUCCCGCAUCGGCAUCGUCCGCUGCUGCCGCAGCCGCGGCCGCCAGCGCUUUUGCGUCGAGCUACCAGCAGGGUAAAUACGCGCUAAGCGCCGCCGGUGCAGGUGCGGCCGGACUAGCCGGAGCGCAUCCGUCGGUGGCGGCCGCAACCAAUGGUGUCGCGGCGUACGGUGCAGCACCUCCCUCGUACAAGUCUUCUGUCGGCGAGGCAGCAGCCGCAGCGGCGCACCUGUACGGCGGUGGUUACACGACCCGGGCACAACCAGCCAGCAUGCCGUCGAGUGCUGCGGCAGCGGCGGCGGCCGCAGCCGCCGUUUACCAGUACGCUGCGAACGGAGCCACCCCGGCCUUUGCCUACCCACCGCCGCAGGUAGUGCUGAACUAAGUGUCCGACCGACCGACCGAAAGACGGCACUCAAUAUGUUUUCUGUGAGAGAAUUAUUUAAAUUGUCACCCAUACCGUAGCGCUUAAGUUACAUCCCGCUUUUCUCGCCCUUGAAUGCGUUUUUCAUCGUAAACGGCAGCCCCACAAUCGGUUGUUGAUCAGUGAUAGAGUUUGGGGUGGUGGUUCAUUUUCUCCUCGUGGCCCUGUGGUGGUGAGACGGCGGAUGGU